GGUUUCCCUGUGGGAAGUGACGCGCUGCGUCAAGGGGAAGUGACGCGCAUCGCGUGCAGGCCCUGGCCGGUGGGGGGGGGUCUGGACAAGAUGGCUGGAUCCACAGUUAAAGUACCUCGUAAUUUUCGCUUGUUGGAAGAACUUGAAGAAGGGCAGAAAGGAGUAGGUGAUGGUACAGUGAGCUGGGGCCUUGAAGAUGAUGAAGAUAUGACACUCACCAGAUGGACAGGAAUGAUUAUUGGGCCACCGAGGACAAACUAUGAAAACAGAAUAUACAGUCUGAAAGUAGAGUGUGGACCUAAAUAUCCAGAAGCACCUCCUACAGUUAGAUUUGUAACUAAAAUUAAUAUGAAUGGAAUAAAUAAUUCCAAUGGAAUGGUGGAUGCACGGAGCAUACCAGUGUUAGCAAAAUGGCAAAAUUCUUAUAGCAUUAAAGUUGUACUUCAAGAGCUAAGACGUCUAAUGAUGUCCAAAGAAAAUAUGAAGCUUCCACAACCUCCAGAGGGACAAACUUACAACAAUUAAUUUUAGCUGAUUCUCAAACUUCUGUCUUAAAACAACAACCUUCUACUCAUGUUAAUGUCUUGAUUAAAUCUCACAAUGCAAACACCCACACAUUAAAAGAAUUUCAGCUGGUAUACAUGACCUGGACAUUUGUAAGAAUAUAUAUAAUAUAUGUAUGCCCAAUAUGUUUUCAGGCACUAUGGGAGAAAAAGGCAGCACAAUUAUUUUUUUCUCUUACUGAGGCACUGCAUUUAAGCAUAAGCCUGAAAUAGCCUAAAAUUGGAAUUCAGGUUUUACAAGAUGAAAGCAUGACAGAAAGUGUCAGGAUGCUGUGGAAUAAUAUAUGUUUCUGAAAAUAAUCUCUUGAGAAGGCAAAAUAUAAAUGGCAUGCUUUAUCCAUCUUGCUUAGUAAAAGAGCUGCAGUUAAAUUUGUUUUAAAGUAGCAGGUACAGUGAAUACCGUUGCUCAUCUUGUUUAAUUUUGCAAGGGUGUGGGUGCCGACUACUAGUAGUGUCACAAAGUAUGUUCAGGAUUGUUUUGAUACCUGUAUUUAUAAAAUGGGGGGGAUUAAUUUCUGUUAAGCAGCUCCUGUGUGUUACAUGUAUCGGACAUGGCAAAUAUUUGUUUACAGUCUUUGUUCUAAUAAACCAUGCAUUUAAGUUUUAGUGAAACAAAGGAAAUGUAUGGAUAUGUGAUUGAGAUUAAAGUUAGUCUUAAAAUGUAAAUAAAAUGUGGAAAGUGUCUGAGGCUGUGCCAUUUCUAUAAUAGUGAUGUAAUAUAUGUACAGUAACUUGCAGAAGUAGUGAAAAGCCAAACAUAAUAUUGCUGCUGGUUUUACAUGCACCUUUUAUUCUUACCACUUUUGUAUGCUUAGUUUACUUGAGAGGUCAAGGUAUUCUAUUUGUUGCAGGGGAAUAACUUCUGUCAUCUAUAGUAUCACUUCUUUAGACAAGUUCGCACUCUGUCUGUGUGUAUAUAUAUAUAUAUACACACUUCAAAAAAACCCCAACAACCCCAAAAUAAAACCAGGAAACCCUUGCUUACCCAUCUCCCCUCCAGAUUCUUUUGAGAAAUGAGCAUAACUUUCAUUUUGCGUACUUGACCUCUGAGCAGUUUUCAGACCCCAUUGCUGAAGUCUGUCUUACUUCCCAGCCCUUUGUCUUGCUUUUGCAGUUACUGCCUUGAUUCUUGCUUUCUUGCAUCUUUUCCUCUUUUAUGUUUCUUGUUCCCUUUUUUUUCCCCUUGUCUGUUCCACUUUUGCCUUUUCUGAAAUAUGUAAAAAAGAAACUUCAGGAAGCUUUAAUAAAAAUUAGACCUGUGGUACAGAUCAUCAUAUGUCCAUCUGCAUUCUAUGUAUCAUAUGCCAUGACGCUACUGUCUUUGUGGCUAGAAUGCUUUCUGUCUCUCCUGCAGUAGUUGGUCUGUUUUUCUCAAUGUAUUCUGUCUGGUGCAAACACUGAUUUUACUUCUCUUACUGAUUUCUCAUAAGAAAGUAGUUAAUGCUAUCCUUUUGGAAAUUAUACCUUUUCCCCUCUCUCUUUCCCCCAUGGAAAAUGCAAGCAUUUGUUCGUUUUGGUGAGAACAUGUAACAUGGGGAGCGAGUCAAAUAUUUGCAUUCAAAAUUUUAUUUAGUGGGUCUUUUGGAAAAGUGAAUAUAAUCAAAAGCCAUCAACAGCCAGGUAACUUUCAUUGAUAUGCCUUUGCCUAUGUCUGAUGUAAAGAACGAACCUUUGAAAGCAAUAAACUAGGUGUUCUUUUUUUUUAAUGGAAAGGUUUAAUUAGUAUUUGUCAGUUUAUGGUUUUUAGACAAAUUUGACGCUUCCAGAAUUGGUGGAUUUGUAGCUGCCAGCUACCUCGUGUCUGUAUUUAUAUAACAUAUCAUUUGUGACGGUUUGGCUGAAGUGCAUUGCAGCAUUUUCUUACUUGAUUUAAUUUGAAUGAUGCCAUUAAAUCUUUUUUCUUACACUAA